UUUUUUUUUUAAACACAGGAAAAAAAGAAAAGAGGCCAAUGAUGUGUAUGUACACGUCUUUUGUUUCCCCACGGAAAAUAAUAGAGGGAGCACCAAAAUGGCGACUUCCUUACUUUGGCUAGGACGACUGGGGUCUCUCAAGGCUCUCCAGCGAGAGAGCUGGGUCCUUUCGAGGUGCCCCUCUGUGGCUGCAUUCUGCACCAAGGUGGAGCAGCCAAAGAAAGCUAAAAAGGCGAAGGCUGCAAAGGCGGCAGAGGCACCUCCAGCGCCAGCCCCCGAGUCGUUCGACAACAGUACUUACAAGAACCUCCAGCACCACAACUACAACCAUUACACCUUCGCAGACCUGGACCUGGAGAUGGCCAAGUACCGUCUGCCCCAGCCCUCCUCCGGCAGACCCUCCCCCAGACACUGAGAUGGCCCAGCCUGCCUGGACACCAGGCCACGUGAUGGCCCGGGUGUCUUAAGAAUAAUUUCCCCCUCUACUUUACGAUCCCUAAGACGUGCUUGCAAUUGUUAUAGGAAAUGUAUGAUAUUAAACUACACGAAAGGGAUAUGAGGCUUUGA